UCUCGCGGCACCGUGCUGGUGCAGGAUCGAUCACCGAUGGGCUGCGCCUGGUCGUCGUCGUCGCCGUCGCGUUCGCCGUCGAAUCGUGAGCAACGCGCCCAGGGGUACGAGGAGCCCGCCGUCCUCGCCGCCGAGACUUCCUUCACGGUGAACGAGGUGGAGGCGCUGUACGAGCUCUACAAGAAGCUCAGCUUCUCCAUCUUCAAGGACGGCCUCAUCCACAAGGAGGAGUUCCGGCUGGCCCUGUUCAGGAACAGCAAAGGGGCAAACCUCUUCGCGGACAGGGUGUUCGACCUCUUCGAUCUCAAGCGCAACGGGGUGAUCGAGUUCGGCGAGUUCGUGCGCUCGCUCAGCAUCUUCCACCCCAAAGCGCCUGAAUCUGACAAGACCGCGUUUGCAUUCAAGCUGUAUGAUCUGAGGGGGACAGGAUACAUCGAGAAAGAAGAGCUUCGGGAGAUGGUGGUGGCACUUCUUGAUGAGUCCGACCUAUGCCUCUCCGAUAGCGCCAUCGAGGAGAUUGUCGAUAAUACAUUCAGUCAAGCAGACUCGGAUGGUGAUGGCAGGAUAAACCCCAAGGAAUGGGAAGAGUUUGUCAACAAGAACCCGGCAUCGCUGAGGAACAUGUCACUGCCCUAUCUCCAGGACAUUACGACGACGUUUCCGAGCUUUGUAAUGCAUUCAGAAGUCGAAGAUUAUAGUGGAAUUAGCAAAUAAUAUGAAAGGCAUGGUUAUCGAUGCUAUAUGGUCCACUAAUUUCUAACCUAAGUCAGCAUUGAACACAUUUGGAGCCAAUGCAUUCAGAAGUGAGCUGCAAACAGAAUUUUUCCUGGAACUAAUAGGAGGAGCACAGAAGCAUCUACGUGAUCUUGACAUAAAGAUCAUAUCGUGAAAUACUUCAGAAGUGGGCCAUUUUCAUGCUAAAAUCAUUAUUAAGGAUCAAAACAGUGAUUGUGGCCCAUCCAGGCGACAGACACAGAGGGGCUAUAGAAACAAUUCUUUGAAUGACAGAAUAGACCGUUAGAUUGAAGAUAGAUGGCUCAGAUUCGAACGGAAGGAUCUAUGUGCAUAGAUACAUCUCCACCAACAAGUUACAAAGCAUAUGUUUUCAGUAAUGCUAAUUGGCGAAUGUUCGGUUGGGGUGGGGGGAGGACUCCCAGCGAAUGUCUUCAAGGAAGCAUUGUUUCAUUAGAACAGACAACCAACAAUGUUUCUUUUGAUAUCAAUAUGAACUUAGGAAACAUUGUGUUAUCAGUGACUUGAAGGAAGCAAGAAGUUGUGGCGCAUUUAAAACAUGUUGUAUGAACGGAUGAAGUAUGAAAACUAUCUUAUGUUUGGUUAUAAGAAAAUCA